GUCAUUGCAGAAGUGUGACCCAUGUCCAACAGCAGCCGCGGUCGGGUGCACGGUCCGUGCACGUUGGCGUCGGCGUCACAAGCCAGCUACGAUGGCAACAACGUCAUGAGUUGCGAAUUGAGCGCGUCCUUUCAUUCAUGGACUUUUCACGCAUCGCUCGCGUCCAGGAUCUUGUACUAUGAGGACAGUCUUCCUCCUGGGUCGACAAUGUCUUCGGCAAAGCCUGCAUCGUUCCACGCCCUUGCUCACCCGCGCGUCCACGCGCCCGCUCGUAUCCGUCCUACGCCGGCAGUUCGCAACACCACGAUUGGGCAGCAAAACGAUACUAUGGUCUGGUGCAGCAGCAGCCGGCGGCGCUGUUCUUUCACCACUUGCAUUCGUUGAGAUUGGCCACCAGCAAUCUGGAAAUGGCGACAAGACUCACGAGGAGGCCAUGCUGGAGGUCUCCAGGCAAGAGCUCGCAGAGCAAGUGCCCAAGUCACUAGAGAACUCGAAAAAGUACAGACGCGGUCUCUACUUUUUCGUAGAAGACUACAUAAUUGAGCCCAUAGCCACUGGCUUGCGGUUCCUACAUCUGGUCAUCAUCUUUGUUCCAGUCAUCGUCACAAUACCAUCCAUAUGGCUUGGCGCAAGGAAUGGCGACAGAGACAACGAAAGAAGCGGGACGCUAUGGUGGUAUGGCUUUCUUGUCACUUCUAUGGAACGAGCCGGAGCGGCUUUCAUCAAGCUAGGACAAUGGGCUGCUUCUCGAACGGAUAUCUUUCCAACCGAGAUGUGCUCAAUCAUGUCGACUCUUCAUUCUAAUGCCCCUGCGCACUCACUCGAGACGUCGAAACGCACUAUAGAGGCAGCCUUCGACGGGCGCCCAUUCGAAGACAUAUUCGAAGAGUUCGAUGAGAAGCCCCUCGGUGUCGGCGCCAUAGCGCAAGUUUAUAAGGCCAAGCUCCAACCAGAUCUGGCUACAUUGCAAUAUAACACAAUUGAUCGAGAGGAGCCAAAUCUGGCGCGUAAAAUUAAGAAGAAUGUGGACGCCACAUUGAAGAGCACGCCACAGCGGGUGCCUUCUAGCCAUGUUGCCGUCAAGGUCUUGCACCCCAAAAUCGAGAAGAUCGUCCGCAGAGACUUGCGCAUAAUGGCAUUUUUCGCAGCCGCUAUCAAUGCCAUCCCCACAAUGGAGUGGUUCUCGUUUCCGGAUGAGGUAGAGCAGUUCGGUGAAAUGAUGAGGCUACAACUCGAUCUCCGUAUUGAGGCUGCAAAUCUCACACUUUUCCGCCAGAACUUCAAGGAUCGGACAACGGCGUGGUUCCCGUACCCCUACACUGAGUACUCAACGCGCAACGUCUUGAUUGAAGAAUUCGCUCAGGGAAUCCCGAUGGAAGACUUCUUGCAAAAUGGUGGGGGCGUGUUUCAGAAGGACAUCGCCGAUGAGGGCCUCGAUGCCUUCCUCAAUAUGGUUCUCAUUGAUAACUUCAUUCACGCUGAUCUGCACCCCGGUAAUAUCAUGGUCCGCUUCUAUAAGCCCGAGCAGCUUACUGUCCCGAUCUUGACUAAGAAGGAAAAACGUACUACUGGUCCCACAGAGUCGCCGGAUGUCACAGAAGAAGUACUGGAGCGUUUGCGACCGCAUCGGAAGGACCCUGAGCAAUGGAAAGCGCGGCUCAAAGAGAUCGACAACGAGGGCUAUCGACCACAACUCAUCUUCAUUGAUGCAGGAUUAGUGACAGAGUUGAAUGGCAAGAACCGCACGAACUUUCUCGAUCUAUUCAAAGCUGUCGCUGAGUUCGACGGGUACAAAGCAGGCCAUCUGAUGGUCGAAAGAUGCAGGCAACCUGACGCUGUCUUGGAUGGUGAAGUGUUUGCCCUGCGAAUGCAACAUCUGGUUCUUGGAGUCAAAAGCCGUACGUUUGCCCUCGGCAACAUCAAAAUCGGGGACAUUCUCAACGAGGUAUUAUCGAUGGUGCGGACGCACCACGUCCGUUUAGAGGGCGACUUCAUAAACGUCGUUCUUAGUAUAUUGCUUCUGGAAGGUAUCGGACGGAGUCUGAACCCCGAGCUGGACCUUUUCGCUGGCGCACUUCCAAUAUUAAGACAGCUGGGUGCCCAGGGCGGCGGCUCAAUGAUUCGCGGAGGCGAUUUUUCUAUGCUCAAGGUUUGGGUCGGUCUUGAAGCACGCAGCUUCUUGCAGGCUUCCGUCGAUACAGUGGAACGCUGUGUCAAGUAUGAUCAGUUGUCACCAAACAUCUAGGGUCCAGACUGAUGACAGUGAUUUGAAAUAGUUGUGCACAUGAAGAUCACAGCAAAUUGCGAGCAUGGAAAAACAUCAGUUAGACAAUUCUCAAGUUCAUACAUCACC